AAAACCGGAUAAGCAUGGGCUAUUCCGAACACUGCGUUAAAACCAGUUUUCUCCUCAGUUUUGACUCUGGCCACUCUCUCACAACCCAUGCACCUCCGGAAAUCACUGCCUGCCACGUGUCCAUACGUGACAAAGUCAUACAAGAUCAGCGGUCACCGUUAAAAGUCUGAAACUAUGUCCACCGUACGCACUGUAGUUUACCGCACAUAUAUAUUUCUGUCUCCGUAAUUUAUAUACAACUCUGGGUUUAAGAUCCCACGGGCUAGUCACCUUUGUAACCGCUAUACAGAGACGGAGAGCGAAGAGAGAAGAAAGAAGAGAUGGCGAGUAUGCAGCAGAUACGGAUAAUGAGGAGUGAGAGCUUGAAGCAGGAGAGUCCGAGGAGUGAGUUGUCGAGUCCAGAGGCAAAGCUUGGGAUGCAGGUAGAGGAUCUGUGGGAUACACAGGAGCCGCAGCUAAGUCCUACUGAUAAACUCAACGCUUGCUUUGAGAGUAUUCCUGUCUCUGCUUUUCCUCCUGCUCCUUCUACUCAAGAAAUUGAGAUCAAAUCAGACACUAGUUUAGCUGAAGCUGUGAAAAUACUAGCUGAUCAUAAAGUUUUAAGCGCGCCAAUUGUGGAUGUUGAUGCUCCUGAAGAUGCAAGUUGGAUUGACAGAUACAUUGGCAUUGUCGAGUUUGCAGGAAUUGUUGUGUGGAUUUUACAUCAGUCGGAAUCUCCAUCUCCGAGGAGUGCACAUUCUGGAACUACUCUUGCAGUAGCAGCCAAUGGAGUAACUAAUGCUGUAGGACUUGGGAGUUUAGGUCCCGAAGAUGCUGCAAUAACGUCAGGAAGCUUUUUCGAGGCUCUAACUUCCUCUGAAUACUACAAGAACACUAAGGUUGGGGAUAUUUCGGGGUCAUUCCGGUGGGCUCCUUUUCUUGCCUUGCAAAAAUCUAACUCCUUUUUGACCAUGCUAUUGCUUCUUUCAAAGUACAAAAUGAAGAGCAUCCCGGUGGUGGAUUUGGGUGAAAGAAAGAUCGAUAACAUAAUCACACAAUCUGCUGUUAUUCACAUGUUGGCAGAAUGCGCAGGGCUUCAUUGGUUCGAGAGCUGGGGAAACAAAACACUUUACGAACUUGGUCUUCCUCUGAUGUCAACCAAUAGCAUUGUAAAGGUGGACGAGGAUGAGCCAGUGCUCCAGGCAUUUAAGGUGAUGAGGAAAAGGAGAAUAGGAGGUGUACCAGUCAUUGAAAAAGGUGGUAAUAAGGCAAUAGGUAAUAUAAGCCUACGAGAUAUUCAGUUCCUUCUUACUGCGCCAGAGAUCUACCAUGAAUAUAGGUCCAUCACAGCAAAGGACUUCUUGAUGGCAGUUAGAAAUCAUCUAAAGAAGAAUCACGAGGCAUCACCACUGUUGAAUGGUAUGAUAACAUGCAAGAAGAGUGACACAAUGAAAGAAUUGAUCAUGACGUUAGACAGUGAGAAGAUACACAGGAUAUACGUUGUGGAUGAUGAUGGGAAUCUGGAAGGGGUAAUCACACUCAGAGAUAUAAUAUCAAGGCUAGUGCAUGAACCUCGAGGAUAUUUUGGUGAUUUCUUUGAUGGUGUUUUGCCCUUGCCACAGAACAGCAGGGUUUAAAAGGUGUUGAGGAUAAAUAAUGUUGUCCGUUUUCUGAAAAUUUCCAGUGAUUCUUGGUGUUGUCUGUUUGAAGUUGCAGUGGAAUCUGGUUGGAUACAGUAACUGUAACAUAUAGGCAAACUUCUUGUACUUACUCUUCUUCAGGUUCACACAGUUGAAUCUCCUGUGUAUAUAUUGAUGAUUGUCGAACUCAGUUUUACCCUUUUUUGUAUCACAGGCUAAUAAAUAUGAAAAGCCUUUCAACGUUUUUGUACCUGUGAUACAAGGGUUGACGCCGGAAAGAAACCUAGCGUUUGUUCAGUUGGAGUCA